AUGACGCGGCUACCAUUAGGCGUCACAGGAUCACAGCAGGCCACCAAUCGACCCUUCCAGUUCACACUGAUUCAUGAUCCUGCCGAAGAUGGGCACAUCAUCCACGUGGACAAGGAAGAGGUGAGCCGCGAGAACCUGCUGCAGAAGCUCUGUGCAAAGAACAAUGAGUUGGACGGCAUGUCCAGAUUCAGUUCGUCACGGGUCAGUGUGAACAUUCGGUCAAAGCGUGUCACAUCACUCAUCAUCGUGGACAUGCCGGGUCUCACUCUGACGAGCCAAGAACCAGGUGACCUGGCGCUGCGAGAGCUAGAACAUCCCAACACCAUACCCAUUCUUGUCCUGGAGAAUCGAGGAGAUCUAGGCGCUUUAGACGGAGUUCGCGCCUUCUUUGACAAGGAACUUGACCUCCGCGGAAUCAAAGCCGUGGCGAUCAUGAACAAGUUUGACAUGAUGAUUAUGCAUGCUUCAUCAGAAUUAGGAACGGCCACGAAGUGGAAUCAAUGGGCCGACGCCUGGGAGAGGUCAGAAACGAAGUACCAUGCCUGGUUCAAUGUAGGAGUACCUCCUGGCAACGCAAGUCAAGAUUUGGAAGCCCGCUUAAGGGAGUCACAUUCAAACGAAGAGCAGCUCAUUCAAACCUGGAAGAAGAGAUGCGGCUCUCUAGCAAGUUGGCCAGAAGACAUCCGUUUUGGCCUAGCCAGCUUUGAGGAAUAUGUUCAUAGUGAGCAGUGGCACAAACUGUCAAGCUUUGUUGAAGCAGUGAAACCGAAAUUACCGGCCCUUGUGGAUGACGAGCAAAGUCUUUUUCUGCCAAGACUUCAAGAUCACCUGCUCCAAGACCUGACCCAACUUGUGUCUGACGGGCAGAAGAUUUGGAAUGGACAUCUAGAGUCAGGCCUCUACUCGACAUUAGUAAAGAAGACGCUCAGGCAGGAGCUUGACUGGUUGAAAGAGCAGAAGCUAGACCAUAGGGUGAGGGCAAUGAUGCGAAUGUUUGAAACUGGCGAUCGGAGACAAGGAGUCAAGCGAAAUGUUGAUUGCGAAGCCCCCGCUGCCAGUGACGACCGCAAGCCAAAUGGGCUCCAGCACUGGCUUGUUGAUGCAGUGUGCUACGCGGAGACUUGCGUGCUGGGAUUGAAUGCAACCACUCGGUUUUCAUCCUGUGUGGAGAGGUUUGCAUUUGCAUGCCUUUGGCUGAAUACGACAUUCCACUACACGCCUGAGUUUUUCAGGAAUGCAAUGGCUGAUCAGCAAAAGCAAUCUCCCAACACAGCCAUCAUGGAGUACAAGAGGUCCAUGUGCUCCCGAGUUUUCCGCCCUUUGGUUGAAAUGAUGGCAGUGCUUCUGGAAGACCAGUUUAUGAGGAGCAUGGAUGCUCCUUUCGAGUCAGAGAUGGUGGAUCAGAGCGGCUGGUUUGUCUCGUUGAUUCAGGCAGAAGUCAGUGUGGAGGACAUCCGCAAGGCGCACAGAGAACAAGCCCUUUCCUUAGCGCAGCGGAGCUUGAUGCAGUACUCUAGACAAUUCCAGUGCGGCAAAAAAAGGAAUCUCUUCAUGCGUCAGUGCAGUGAAUCACCUGUCAUCCAGGUCAAGACCCUGGCGCAGGCGAGUGGGAGGGAGUUUCGCAGCCUGAUGGACAAAGAUGUGCAGACCCUCGAAGCUCAGCUUGUCCACAGCUUCUCGGAUGACGAAUCUGCCGAGGUCUUCAGACUCAACCAAACACUUUCUGUGCCCAAAGAAGAACAAAAGGGUGGGCAGCGCCAGUAUUCUGCCGAAGCUCUGGGUCGAAGGUUCUUGCAGAUCUUCGCGAAGCAGGUGAAGACGACCAGUGCACCACACAUGGCUGGCGUGCACGAAGUGGCCACUUUUUUUCAUCCACUGGAUGGGGAUGAACCCAAUUUCAUCAGUGAAGAUGGCUAUCAGUGUAUCUCCUCUGCUGCAACAUAUGCCCGGUUGCUGCAGCAGACGGGUGAUCCGCGCGACCUCAAAAGACUACACUUGAAAUCUGGCAAGAUCAGUGCCACCCAGUUCUCUGAAGUUAGCAUCGAAGUUUUCGGACAUUCGCAGUUGCAGUACUGCUUUUGGGUUCAGAGACCUUAUGCAGGACGUAUAGACAAGCGUCAGCUGGAAACUGAAACAUACUGUUGUGUCAUGCUAGUGGAUGAUGAUGAACAGACCAUAGUUGAUGUUCGCCCAGCCUUGCCCGAAUGGCAAAUCAUCAAGUUCCAGAUUCCAGCAGAUAAUCACAACUACGAGAUCCGCAUCUCGGACAUGCAACGCAGCGGCAUUGCUUGCAGAGGUCUAAGUCUGAUUGGCCGCGGUGUUCCACCAAAAGCUGCGGCACCAACUAUUGCGAUACCAGUGGCAAAUGCACCUGAGGGAUUAGUCGCCAUCAUGCAGGCUGAAGUGUUGCGAACUCCAGCGGAGAUGCAUCCUCACAACUCUGUCGAAGAGACCAUGUUUCAUGAGCUUCACAGAAGAAUUUCCAUGGAGAUGGUCUCGACCUUCAAGCAGUUCCAGGUAGACCUUGCCAAAAACAUCAACCAGUUCCAGAGUCAGACACAUGACCGCUCAAUCGUUUUGAUCAAUGGGCUUGAGCUGUUUGUGAAAGGGACACGUGAGAAGCAGAGUGAGAGAAGGAACGUGCAGAUAGCACAGAUUGUGCGCCGGUGCGCUGAGAUUGUGGACGCAAAUGCCCAAUGGAGCGACAUUGCCUUGGCCGCGGGCUUCAUCGCUUAUGCUGGGCCCUUCACGGCGGAGUUCCGCAGUGCGCCGGAAGCCCACAAAGAGGUAAGCUUGACGGCAGAUCCUGCGUGGAAGUCCCAGCCCAAGUCUGGGUGUGCCGACACUCUCUGCGAGCCAGCGGAAAUUCGAGAGUGGAAUAUCAAGUCACUGCCCGCCGACGACCUCUCUGUGGAAAAUGGCAUUCUGGUCACACGCGGUCGACGGUGGCCUUUGAUGAUCGACCCACAGGGUCAGGGCAACCGAUGGAUCCGCAACAUGAAGAAGGACACUGGACUGGGCAUCAUCAAGCUCAGCACGCCAAAUUUCUUGCGAACAGUGGAGACAUGCAUCCGCGAAGGCAAUGCCAUCCUUUUGGAGAAUGUUGAGGAGGUGUUGGAUCCUUCUUUGGAGCCUGUCCUGCUCAAGCAGGUCUUCAAGAAAGGCGGGCAACUCCUCCUCCGGCUGGGCAGUGAGGACGUGCCAUACAACGAGGGCUUCCAGUUCUUCGUGACAACCAAGAUGGCCAAUCCCCGCUACCUUCCGGAGAUUUGCAUCAAGGUGACUGUCAUCAACUUCACGGUGACGCUGCUUGGGCUGGAGGAUCAGCUGGUGGCCGAGGUCGUCAAGAACGAGCGCCCGGACUUGGCCGAGUUGCGCGCAGGGCUGGUGGUGCAGAUCGCGGCCGACAAGGCCGAGAUGGACCGGCUGGAGCAAUUGAUCUUGAAGUUGCUCAGUGAGGCAGGGGAUGACCUCCUCGCAGAUGACACGCUGAUUGUCACGCUGGAUCAGUCCAAGAAGACAGGCGAUGGCUGCAAGGAGCGGAUGGUCUCAGCAGAGGAAAGUAUGAAAGAGAUUGACGAGGUCACCGAGAUUCUGCGACCCUGUGCCACGCGGGCCUCGAUCAUCUACUUCGUUGUUGCAGAUCUUGCAAACAUCGACCCCAUGUACCAAUACAGCCUUCAGUUCUUCACGAGCCUCUUCCAGCAGCGACUGGCCGCCAGUCAAAAGGCGGAGGACAAGAACGAGCGCAUUCGCAUUAUCAUCCAGGACUUUACAGAGUUCAUCUACACGAAGAUCUGCAUGGGCCUCUUCGAGGAUCACAAGAUGCUCUACUCCUUUAUGAUCUGCAACCGCUGCCUUCGGCACCAGGUUCACGCCCAGUUCAUGCACAAGCAACGCAUCACGCCACAGGAGUGGAGCUUCUUCCUACGUGGCCUUGAGGCAGGGAAAGGCAUCAUCGAUGACACGCUGACCCAAGCAGUGGAGCCGCCUUCCUGGAUGACAGCGCAGGCGUAUCGGAAGAUGAUGGUGCUGGAGCAGCUGACGACGAAAGCGGGCAGUGAGGCACUGGGCUGCAGCAGUGGUUGGGCGUCAGGUUGUUUGGUAAAGUUGGCUGUUGGUCAUCAAGCCGUGUCCUCGGGCAAGCUGACAGAUGCUUGGUCGAUGCUGGGCGAGCCAGAUCCCAUGCAUGGAGUCUUUGUUUUGAAGAAAUUGGAGACGUGGGCGCCGCUUGCGCACAGCGCUCAGCUCCUCCUGGUGCAGCAGCUUGCGCUCGAGCUUGCAGUGCAACUGGAUGCCGCUUAUGAAGGUCUGCAGCAAGCAAGAAUGGAGAAUGCAACGCACCUGAUCCAGCGCAAUCCAGCAGUUCACGUGAUUGCAGCAGUGCCAGUUGCAAGGAAGAUCGGAGAACCAGCACAGGUCUUAAUGCAGCAUGUUGCAGAGAUGGGCAGAUUGGACGGGUCGUCUUCAAUCAUCGAAUUCUGGAAUCAGCUGGUAUUCUUCGCCCAUUCUGAGGUUGGCUCAGUCUCUGCAGCCUGCGCAGGGGACGUUGAGCAGCAGAAGCGUUUUGACUGUGGGUGUUGGUGCAUAGCGCUGGCGUUGACCAGAACAAGCCAUUUUGCUGAGAGUGACGUCCGCCAGAUGGUUUGCAAAAACCUACAAGACGUACUGAUCUGCUGCCGGACUCCUAGUGGAUCAGUUAAUGCCGCUGCUCAUUCUUUAGUCAGCAAAUAUGGAAGAGGUGGCCUCCCGUUUGUGCAUCACCUGAUCGCGGAGGUUAUGCUGGAUCUGACAGAGCACAUCUUAGAAAACUGCAGCGACAUUCGCCUCGCUACCUGGAUCGAAUUAUCGCUUUGCAUGGCUCAUCUUGACUACACCCUGCUUUCGCUCUCAAAGUAUCAGCGGCAGAAGUGGGUGUCACUAUUAAUCCGAAUCCUCCACGUUUGCCGCACAUCUUCGGACGAGUGUCUCCCGUGCGUGGCCUAUUUUCUGAAGCUCCUUUGGCUGGCUGAUGGCGAGCCCAGACAAACAUAUGCAGAGGCAGGGCAAGAGCUGUGGGCGUUCGCCAGUUCCGGGUCACUCCGCGAGAACUUCCUCCAGCUGGCAGGUUCCUCAGAGGUGGUACGCAACUUCGUUGGAGCAGAGCUGGGCAAGCACUACACGGUGUCUCCCGACUUUGACCUGGUGGGAUGCUUCAAGGACUCCAAGAAGACCAUGCCGCUCAUCUUCGUGUUGUCUGCUGGAGCCGACCCGACGGAUUACUUGGUGAAGCUCGCUAAGGACUUUGAGUACGAGGAGCGGCUGCACUUCAUCUCACUCGGGCAAGGUCAGGGGCAGAAGGCGGAAGCUCUUAUCAAGCACGGCCAGGAAACAGGUGAUUGGGUUUGCCUCCAGAACUGCCACCUCGCGGCCAGCUGGAUGCCAACGCUGGAGCGAAUACAGGAGAUGCAAGAUCCGGACAGCAUUGACGACAUGUAUCGCUUAUGGCUGACGUCAAUGCCUUCAACAACAUUCCCUGUACCAGUGCUCCAGGGCGGCAUCAAGAUCACCAACGAGCCGCCAAAGGGCCUGAGAGCAAACCUCACGCGCACGUUUCAGGACAUCACGCCUGAGAUCUACGAGGGCUGCACCAAACCGCGGGAGUUCAAGAAGCUCCUGUUUGCACUGGCCUUCUUCCAUGCCGCCAUCCUCGAGCGGCGCAAGUUUGGUCCAAUUGGAUGGAACGUACCCUACGAGUGGAUGGACAGCGAUUUCCAGGUGUCUCGCGAGCAGGUUCAGAUGUACCUUGAAUCUCAGCCGGGUGUGCCCUGGAUCACGCUGAACUAUAUCAUCGCCGAGGUCAAUUACGGAGGCCGCGUGACUGACGACAAGGACGUUCGUCUCAUCAGCGCCUUCCUGAAGCGAUACUUCAACGAAGGAGUGCUUCAAGAUGGCUACAAGCUGAGCCCCCUGGACGAGUACACUUGCCCGGACGAAGGCUCUUUGGAAGAGGUCCGCGAGCACGUCCGCGGCUUGCCCUUUGAUGAAGAUCCGCAGGUCUUCGGGCUGCACCCAAACGCACAGAUCACGGCGCAGACAGAGGAAGCCCGGAAGUUCCUGGGAAUCAUCCUUUCCGUGCAGCCACGCAUUGCUGCUGCUGGGGGCGGCAAGCGUCCAGAGGAGCUGGUGGCCGAGAUGGCUGAGGCAUUCCAUGGCCGUGUGCCAGCAGUCAUGCUGCGGAAGCAAGCACACCCCGAGACGUACAAGAAGACACCCGAUGGGGGCAUUGUGUCCUUGGGCGUCUUCCACGGCCAGGAAAUGGAUCGCUUCAACGUCCUCAUCAGCCGGGUGCAAAACACCUUGGUAACUCUGGGCAAAGCCAUCAAGGGUUUCGUCGUGAUGUCUGCGCAGCUGGAGGAGAUGUACAAUUGCUUCCUCUCACAGCAGCUGCCGCCCCUUUGGGGUGAGGUUGCCUACCCGUGCUUGAAGCCGCUGAACUCAUGGUUCUCGGACUUUGAGGAGCGAAUUGACUUCAUGACUAGCUGGCUGAAGAUGGGCCCACCCUCCAGCUACUGGGUUCCCUGCUUCUACUUCCCGCAAGGUUUCAUGACAUGCUCCAAGCAGGUGCACGCGCGUAAGACCAAGAUUCCCAUCGAUGCCUUGGUCUUCUGGCAAGAGCCUACCACCUGCACUGAGCCUCGAAUGGUGGACCCGCCAGUGGAUGGUGUGAACGUGCACGGCCUCUUCCUCCAGGGAGCUGGCUGGGACGUCCCCUCGAAGAAGAUGGUGGAGUCCGAGAAGGCAGUCCUUUUCAAGGAGCUGCCGGUGAUCUGGGUACAGGUGGUUGAGGAGGCAACCUUUCAGAAGAAUGCGACCGAGCCUGGAAGGUACACUUGCCCCCUCUACAAGACUUCCCUCCGCAAGGGAACUCUGGCGACCACAGGCCACUCCACCAACUUUGUUUGCUACAUCCGGCUGCCGAGCAAUGAGGAGGACCAAGGCCAUUGGGUUCGACGUGGCGUGGCGCUGCUUU